AUGAGGCACUUUGACGAGCGCAGACGCAGACGACUGAGUCUGAGUGCUCCUGACCCGAAAGUAUUUGGGGCAACACAGCCGAGCCGAAAAGGGCAAUCAGCUGGCCGCAAUGAAGCGGCGCUUGCUCCAGAAGACAGGCAGUCACCCGUGUGCUUGGCGCAGGUCUUAGUCUUGGCGGACGUGGUGGAUGGCAAUCGACGUGCUCAAGCAACGACGAGAGCGGGAAAAUAUUUGAUGACAUUCUCAGACGAUUACUUGGACCGGCCAAAACAGUACAUGGAGGACUUCCAACGACGUCGCCAGGAUGCUGCAGGGACAGAGGUGCUGGAGCCAGAUAGUUCUGAGGCCAAGGACCUUUUGCCGGUGUCGUUGGAGAAACGCUAUGUGCCUCGGAAUGCCUUAAGGCAAGAGUUGGACUAUUUGGUUCAGCACACGUUGCGACAUGUGCAGCUGCCCUACUUUUUGGAUGAUGAUGAGAAGAAGGCCUUUGACCAGGCUAUCAGUGAGGCGGGUGGCGAUUCCGCAGCUUCGUUUCGGACGGCGUCGUGGCACGGACUGACGGAAGGGGGUUGUAGGAUUUCUGUGGUCAGCGGCGUGACAAGGUUGGUAACACGAUCUCCGGUCCUGGCAGACUCCAUCCGAAAGCUUUUCGCGCAGAUGCAAGCUGGACCAGCUGGAGGUUCCACGGCGGACGAGACCAAUACCUUGGAGGACCUGGCAGGCAUCGAGCUGGGUGUGGUCAAGGAGGAGGAGCGGCGUCAGUUCCGACCUCCUCCCCAGAGCUUGCAAGAAGAUGUUUUCGACCCGGCUGAGUCUCCAGCCCCCUGGCACUGGGAUUGGGCACCUUUGAAACCAUGGUGGCGCACAGGUGAGCCCUUCUUCCGUCCGCAAACGGACUCUGGAAGCCGCGUGACGCGAGCUUUGCAACGACGAGGCCUGGAGGAGGGCCGAUUUGACAUGGAGUGGGAUCACCUCAGCUACGAAGAGUUCGAGGAGGAGUAUGUAACUGGCAAGGGGCCGGAUGGAAAGAGCUUGCAGCUUGGCAAUCAAGGGGAGCUCCAUCGCUACGACUGUACAGAUGUGGCUCGUGAUCUCCUCAAGCGAGCGCAGGCAGCACAGAGAUUGAAAGAUGGCGGCAAAAAGAUCCGGAAGUUUUUUGGAGUUUACGUUGAUGAAGUCCAGGACUUGUUGCCGGUGGAGCUGCUACUCCUGAAACUCGUGAGCGAUCGGAACGAAGGCUUCAUCUUUGCGGGCGACACAGCACAAACCAUCAGCAAAGGUGUGGAGUUCCGAUUUGAAAGCAUCCGACGCCUCUACUACGAGGAGUUUUGUGGAGGGAAGCAGCAUGAAUCAGAAGUCGUCAAUGUGAAGGAGGAGAAGUCUCGGAAGCUCCGCUACGGUGCCACCCCGGGCCUUCGAAAGAAGUUAGACUCGGCUGGUGCCGGGAAGAUCAACUGCCCUUUCGGGCAGGACGGGUCUUGGGAAGAGGCGCAGAAGAUCAUUUUCGCGAGGAAGCUGCAUUCGCCCGUGGGAGCGAAGAGUGUGCUGGGGGUGGAAAUGCAGAAGGGUCAUAGGAGAGCGGUCCUAGAGUUUGGAGCCAAGCAGGUGGUGCUUGUGUGGUCCGAAGAGAAGAAGCGGGAGAUGAAGGAAAAACUCACACAGUCGUUGGUGAUGACAAUCCACGAAUGCAAAGGUUUGGAGUUCUUCGAUGUCUUGCUGGUAGACCCCUUCAGCGACAUGAGUGGGUGCACCAACGAGUCACAGGCGCAGCAAAACUGGAACCUCAUCUUUGGCGUGUUUGAGAAGUUUGGCCUUCAGGUCUGCACAAACGAAAAGAAGAGGGCCCCAGCUUUCGUGGACGACAAACAUGGCUUGUUGUGCGCGUGGCUGAAGACUCUCUACGUUGGCAUCACACGUGCGAGGAAACGCGUGUGGAUUCUCGAAAGCCAAGAGCACGGCCAGUCACUGGUCCGCUUUUUGCAGGAGAUGGGUGUGGCCCAAAUCUGCAACGUUGGUGACGAUUUGGCAGGCUCACAGGGCUUUGCUGCGACUUCUACCAGCCAAGAAUGGUUUGAUAUGGGCCUGCAGAUGUUUCGUGAGUCUGGCAAUUACGAGCAGGCCAAGGUGGCUUUUGGGAAUGCUGAGAAAGCAAACUUUAUCCAGGCAACCCCGUGGAAGCUGUUGGCCGAAGCAGAGGAAUGCCGGAAACCUGCUCGGAUGGAUCACAGUCAGGCCGGUGCUGCGUAUGUGCGGUUGGCCGAGUGGCUGGAGAACGCCCUGGGAUCUAGUCAGCGGCAAGUGCAAGACGCUGCGAAGGAGGUGGGCGUGGAGGAGAAGAACCUCCGACCAAGUGAAGCGCGGCAGCGCGCAGCUGAGGGCUUUAUGGAAGCUAUGGACUGGUCACAGGCCAGCCGCGAGUUCGAAAAGGCCGGUUGCUUCUCUGAUGCAGCUGAAUGUGCUGAUGCACUGCAAAACUGGAAACAUGCGGGCAAGUUGUGGCGAAUGGCUGGCGAGGAUGAGCGUGCGCUUAAACGCUUCCAUCGAGCCGAAGCAUGGAACGACUUCGUGGAGGUAGCUGAGCAGGUGCCUGUGGAUGGGAAGCUUUCAGCGGAGGUCAAGGUGGAGCUAAUCACGCAUGCGUGCCGUGAAAUGGCAAAUCACUUGAAAAAGAACGGCCGGAGGAAACAGGACAAAGAGUCGAAGUCUACACUGAUAUGCUGCAUCCGCCUGCUCCCUGAGGAAGACCGGGAAGUCUUCUUAGAGACCCUGCAAUGGCAAGAGUUAACGAUGCAGGUAUACGAAGCAGACAAGCGCUACGAGAAGUGUGCGGCGAUCUCUUUGGAGAUCCGCGACUGGAAGAAGGCAAGGCAGCAAGGCCAAGCAAACCAGUGA